AUGCUUCCAAGCAGGGGAAUUGUGCGCACCCUUCCCUCCGCCGCUGUGAGGAGGCAAACCCAGCACCAACAGCGCGCAAUAUCACCGAGCGUGCUGUCACAUCGUCUUCGCCAUGGACGCCAUUUCGCCACCUUCCCGCGGACCAGCAGCGGCGGUAGCUUGACGACCAGUUCGCCGGUGAGGAGCUCGAUUUUCGUCACGCCAAUCGCCCUCGGUGGUCUCUCCUUCUCCCGAUCCCUCUCGCUCUGGGGAUACGGCAAGCCGACGUCGACAGCGGAGGGGGAAGCGGCCCAAGCAGCAGCAGCGCCCUCCGUACCUGAUGCCGUCCAACCCGUCGACGUCGCCGCUGAAAACAGCAUCCCUGCUCCCCAGGCUGAGCUCGCCGUGCCCACCUCCGAUGUCGAGCUGCCGUCGUCGAUCGCCGACAUCGUCAACGGCAAGGACAUCCUCAACAUGCCCGAGCAGAUCGGCUACCUGCACGCCAUCGGACUUGAAUACGGCGUAGGCCCGACCUCGGUCAUGCAAUGGGUCCUCGAGCACGUUCACAUUUGGUCCGGCCUCGGCUGGGGUGCAUCCGUCAUGGCCACGGCCGUGGCCCUCCGCGUCCUCAUGCUGUACCCGCAAAUCCGCAGCCUCAAGUUCAACGCCGUCAUGCAGAACAUGCGCAAGGACCCUCGCUCCCAGGAGGCCAUGAAGCUCAUCCAGCAGGGCUUCCAGGAGCGCGACAUGGAGAUGCGCCAAAAGGGCCAGUACCUCAACAAGAUGCUCAAGCAGCAGUACGGCGCCAGCAGCUGGGGCAUGCUGUGGUCUUUCAUGCAGAUUCCCUUCACCUUUGGCCUCUUCCGCAUUGUCAGCGGCAUGACCCACAUUCCCGUCCCGUCGCUGGAGACGGCCGGUUACCUUUGGUUCACCGACCUGACGGCCACCGAUCCGUACUUUAUCCUCCCAGCCCUCGGCACUGGCCUCAUGAUUGGCGCCCUCGCGAUCAAUGCAAAGUAUGCUCCCGAGGCUCAGCGAAAGAUGCUCAAGAACAUGACGUACAUUUUUGGCGUCGUCGGUUUCGUCGGCACAACCUUCCUCUCCGCUGCCGUCAACCUCAUGACCGUCGCCCUUGGCGCCGCGACGUUGCUCCAGUCCAUCAUUCUCAAUAAUGCAGCAGUCCGCCGCGCCGUCGGAUUGCCUCCACCACCCGUCGAAGCGCCCAAGAAGGGCACGUACGAGGCUCCCUGCGACGGCUCCGUGCCCAAGGGCCUCCGUGAGCGUCUCACCGGCAACCUCGACGACAUGAAAAAGGGCUUCUCCGAGCAGGUCACGAACUACACGGGCCAGUACUCGGGCACGGAGGCCGAAAAGGCCGAGCGCAAGCGCAAGGAUCUCCUUCGCAAGCUCGAGGAAACACGCAAGCAACAGGAGCGUGAAGAGUUUGAGAAGAAGUACAAGAAUCACCAGUAA